AUGUCGACCUCAACAGUCUCGCCAACCGAAUAUGUACCCCGUCACAAGUUCCCAGUCCUUGACACCGACCCACAUUUCAAGCGAGUGAUCAGAUACAUGCGCUCGACCGAUCUGGCGGCCUGGUUGGGAUUUACUGUCGGCGUUCCUGGUUUACUCUAUGCGUGGGAUCUCAGUGAUAGGAUCCCCGUCCGUCAUAUCAAAACUCAGCCUCGAUUCUAUGGUUUGGGAACCUGGUUGGGAUUUUGCGGAGGGUUCUUGAUGGCUUAUGAACGUGGGGCAAACCGAUUUUUAGGUUGGACUGAAAAUGAACGCGAACAGAAGAUGCAACACGAAGAAUUCACCCAGAUCGCCCGGUCCGGUCGACCGAUCUGGGGGGAAUCGACCAUCCAACCUUGGAUCCAAACCGUCGCUCACCAUAACUCACAGUAUGCCCACCUCAAAUUCUCGACAAUCCCAUGGUUUAACUUUGUCAAUCAUCCUUACCAUGGUGUUGAUGUCUCUAAAUACUACGAAGAUGCAAAGGUGUGGAGACAAGAAAGUGGAUUGGAAAAUUAA